AUGAUAUCUUCUCAUUGGCACAUUUCUUUUUUAGCUCAAACUCUUCUGUACUCGAAAUUCAAAACCAGACUUAAUUCGAUGGCAGAAACAAGAACCUGCGUAGACAUUCUUAACAAUUGUGUUGAUGAAAGCAUUGAUGCUCGGUUUUAUAUGUCAUCAUCUCAACAAACAAGUGAAAUCUCCUCUCCAUCGACCGACAACAGCUUUUUUGUAUCCCCAGCAAACUCGAAGCAAAUCACACCCGAGGAGAUCGUUCGCAAUUUGAUGCUUUCAAAGUUAACACUACUCAAUGGCUUUUCACAACUCAUUGCACUUGAGCCAAGCAAAGACUCUUACAUCCCUGUUUUACUCUCUUAUUACUCUUCUCGUGACAAAUUAUAUAAUGUGAUCGCUGCUUUGGCAAUGGAAGAGAUCAACAACACUUGUUGUUCAAAUCAGUUAUUCAGAGGGAACACUGUCUUUACCAAGUUCUAUGGUGUCUACGCAAAUACGUAUUGUGCGGCAAUGUUAAAAGAGACUUCAGAAACGAUUGUUGGCUUUAUUAAAGUUGCUCAUUAUAUGAAAUACUUAGAACUCCCGGUUAUUGACGAGUCGAGAAAGAACAUUGAACGCGAAAUAUUCUCGACAUACACUGCUAUGCUGAGACAGAACGAAGCCUUAUUCCCACAACAUUACAAAUUGAUAUUAAAACGAAUCUAUGUGCAGACGCGUGAAGUCCGUGGGGAGGCAGAAGCUAUAGAAGUCUUGACCACACUCAUUUUCUUACGAUUUCUCUUUGUACCGUUUUUAGCCACUCCAUCACUAUUAAAAUGUUUCCAGAGAGCUGCUGGUGUUGCUGUGAAAGAGAUGAAAGAACUUGCAAUCAGUGGAACACAAAUGAAAACAGAACCUAAAGUAGUAUCCCCAGUGCUUUCUGUUGAUCCCAAGAGAAAGCAUCAUCGUGUUGUUGGGGGAGAGAUGCGUGACUUAAGUAAGUUAGCAAUUACAACUCAAGAGAACUCAGAUGUUGCAAAGGAGUUUAUCGAUUAUAUCAAAGAAGUAGUUUUGAUGGUGAAAAACGGAACAGUGAUAUUUACUCAACAAGAAGCGAAUACGAUUUCUGACGUUGUUUCCACUUUCCGGUUAAUCGAAAUCGUUAAAAAAGAAGAGAAGAAUUUGCGGAAGGCCAUGGGAAACGAAUUUAAGGCAAUCAAAGAAAUGUUGGCACUCGUCAAGAAGUCUGAGAAGGAGAAGAUUAAAGGAGAGAUGGACGAAAAGGAGACAAAGGAAUUUUAUGACUGGCUUUCUUUGAAUCAGAAUUCAUCAGUGAUCAAACAAUUACAGACUUGUCCAAACUGUGAUAUAAAGUCGAAAAGAAAGAAACGGGAUUGGUUUGUAAAGCGUCAAAAGGUGGAGAAGCCUGAAGACUGA